GAUCGAUCUCAAAAUCAUUGUGUUUCCGUAUCCAUGUAUAUAGUCUAGCGGGUAGAAAAUCGAUUUCAGGACAAACACGGUGACAGAGACGGCAGGCACUGCUGGGCCGCGUGUUCGGAACCACGUUUGCUUUUAACUGUCCCAUAACAGUGGAUUUGAAGAUAAUCAGUGGAGACUAUUAAGGCUCAAGUCAGGGACAAGACAUCCUUACGCGGAGUGAUAUGCAGCUAGGAUAACACGCGAGUUGUGGUAGUGUGUGUGGCCAGUUGCUGUGAGGUUUCCGUCGCGACUAGCCGCCAUCUUUGAAUUUUGAACAUGUUGACGGCCAAGCUUCUGACAAUGUGGGAUACAGGAGGUUGGAGCUUUAAGAUGCUGGCCCUAUCUCUGUUUGCUGCAUUCUUCAUGUUCGAGUCUAUUGCCGUCACAGAUGGGGCAAUAACUCCUGUGAAGUACCUCUAUUAUGUUGGCGAUCAACGUGUUGCAAACUGGUCGAACGCAGUGGCCAAAUGUGCAGAACAGAACGGAAAGUUGACUGGGGACAUCGACAUUGACGACUGGGAACUUCUGUAUGGCAUGAGCAGCAUCUUCUUGGACGACAACUACUUCUGGAUCGGCCUGAAAAGAGAAGCGAAUAAGGAUUGGAAAUGGCUUGGUGGCACCGAUCUGGAUUUGAACAUGACCGCUGCAUUCCCCUUGAGGCCUGAAUUCAAGGACAAUAUCACGUGGGAUUGCGUGCAGUGGAAUGUCAAGGAACCCUUCUACGUCCCUCAAGGUUGCGAAGUCCCCUCGCCUUUCAUCUGCGAAAUUCCUUCAACUAAAUGUGACUUCAAAACCCACGAGGGAAAAAUGCUGAACGAAACAAUGCUGCCACUUGUAGUUACCCCGCCAACCUCCGGUGCAACCCUACCUGUUCUGUUGAUCUCGAACAAGACCCACGACCAAUGCAAAUCUCAGUGUGAAACUUACAGCAGCCAGUAUGAGUGUUGGCUGUACCAAUAUGACAGCAACCUGGGCGCAACCAGCUGCACGCUCGUCAUCAGUGAAGGCAAACCCGUCCUCAUCAACAUCCAAGCUGGCACCAGCGUGAACCUGUACACUAAGUACUGUAUUGAAGUUGAAAAGUUCACCGACUGCAAAGACGGCGAAGAAUGCAUCUGCGGCAAUGUAACGUCCAACCCGACGCCAGAACAGUUGGAAGAGAUCUUGGAAGAGACAAAAGAGAAACUGACCGUACCCACAAAAAAUCUUUCUGCAACUAUCCGAAAGAAGACCAGCGCGGCCGACGACCGACCCUCCUCACAAACCAUGGGUUACUUUGGCAUAACAAUGAUCACUGUCACCCUGGGCGGGCUUGUACUGUUGGACUGUACCUCAAUGCUACGGGAUUUGAAAAUUAUGAUGUACAAUCUACAAUGCGCCACAGGUGGUGGAAAGGACUUACCGCCCCCUACAACUGUCCACGUCAAUCUUCAAGGAGGUCCAAAACAGAGCUAUGCGUGAAUGGUACAUUUAAUACAUGACCAAAGUAGGUUGAGACUGCGUGCAACUUCCCCCUGGGUUUUCUUCAAAACCAUUUUUAUAAUACUUCGGAAUGUAUCAACAUUUAUGUUAAUGUAAGUUGCUUCCUUUAAUGGCACGGAAAAGCAACUUCUGAUUCUCAAUCCCAGUCUCAACCUUUUUUGAAAUGGUGUUUUAUUUCUUUGACAAAUAUCAUUAAGUGUGCGACUUAAAAUGAAUAUCAUGUUUUAGCAUCAUGAAUUAUCUAUCAUGCAGGAUGUGAUAUCAAACAUUGAUAAGCAUUUUAAUAUACGUUUGUUGUUAAUAUUUCUACAUAUGUAUAUAGAAAGCGGAAGCAGUCAAGAUCUAUAUAUUUUCCUUUGAUUAUGCGGUGAGAUGGAUUUACGGGUUGUAUAUAGCACUAAUGCGAACCAUCGUCUGAAUAUUAAAUACACUGAUCUUUACAGGUAUUGGCGAGAUGUGGAUUAAAGUUGGUCCAAUAGGUAACAUACGUUGAUCGAAAUAUAUUAAUUUAUAUUAGUUAUUAUGAUAUGUUAUCUACAAAGAGUAGCCCAAACAAUAAGUAGCCCAGUGGUCUUAGGGGACAUAGGUUUGAUUACGGAGUUUCUGCCCUUGAUAGUGCCAGGAUUAACUAAACAUGUUUUCGAAUACUAGAUUCGCCCAGAAUUUUCUUUAUUUCGGUAGCAUCAUAUCCGCACCUGGGGAGGUCACUAAAGAAACAUGUCAUGAGAAUAAACCUACGAAUAAGAAUCUGGAGUUUCACUGAAAUGGUACGACCUCCGUUAUAAGAAUCUGGGGUUUCACUGAAAUGGUAUGACCUCCGUUAUAAGAAUCUGGAGUUUCACUGAAAUGGUACGACCUCCGUUAUAAGAAUCUGGAGUUUCACUGAGAUGGUACGACCUCUGUUAUAAGAAUCUGGAGUUUCACUGAAAUGGUACGACCUCCGUCAUAAGAAUCUGGGGUUUCACUGAAAUGGCACGACCUCCGUCAUAAGAAUCUGGGGUUUCACUUAUCCACCUCCCGUACACAGUGCAUUCAUUUAUUUUAUAUUUCGAGUACUUGUAUUUAAUUUUACAACAGUUCAAAUGAUUGUACAAUCUCAUUAAAAUCAGAUAUUAGUUCUCGCUACCGCUAAACAAAGAUUUGAGGACAUCCCAUUACGGGUCAUAUCAGACCGACCUUGCGCGAACUUUGAUCGACCAAUGGAAUGACUGACAAGAAGUCGACGUUAGCCAAUCGGAAGGCAGCUUACUCGUGCUUUACGGCACUAAUUUCAAAUUGGCGACUACGCUUCGCAACAUAUUUUGACAAAUUCUCAAUGAAAAAUUUGAAACCUGAACAACACCUGGCUAAUAGAUGGUCUAGAUUGUAUGGAUUCAGUCGUUAACCCCGUAACUAUCGUUCGGAAUACCCCGUGUAAAAGAAUUUCGAGGAUGAAUGAUUAGAAAUUACAUUCCGACUAUCACUUUCAUGAUCUGGUAAGCGACGCUCUGAUUGGUCGGAUGAAAGGUCGUUCUGACCUGACCCCUACCGGGAUGUCCUCAGAUCUUUGUUUAGCGGUAGCGAUAACUAAGAUCUGAUUUUAAUGAGAUUGAAUGAUUGUACCAAUUGACAAUACCUAUCCGGUGCAUAAUAUCUUAUCGGGAACAAUAUCGCGGUCACGAUGUGGAUUUUGGCGAUAAUAGUUUAUUUAAAAAUAAA